GGCGCUAGAGAGACACAUCAGGGUGUGUGAUCACAACAGAAGAGGAAUUAUUGUAUUAAGCAGCAAUCGUUUCACUGUUUUAACCAUAGAGACACUGCAGCCUCGAUUGACUUUCAUAAAGGCAUAAUGUAUUUUAGUAAAACGAGGAGAAUCAUGUUCGUGAACGCGACAUUCCACGUUAUUUCUUUAUUGAUGGGAUUUCACGUCACAGGGGUCAUUACUGAGGACGAUGAAGUUUAUCAGAGACCCCAUCGACGCAUAGCUAAUGAAAUGACUGGCCCAGUGCAUCAGCACUCGGGUGUCCACAACCAGGGAAAGGCUUUGGAAUUUCAUGGGGAAUUGCUUCAGACCCAGUCCCGUGGUCGGUUGGCCAAGCUGAUGCCUGCGGUGUUUCUAGAAUCCAUCCAAAGAGCUCCACAGAGGCAGUCAGGCAUCAACUUCAAGCAAAACAUCGACCGUGUGGAGAACAAGCCUGUGUCUGCCCACCACACGGUCACAAUGGAGGAAAAUGAUGACAUAGAACUGUAUGUGUCAUCUGUUGGAGUAUCAGAACCAAUGGCCCAUGAGGAAAUGAUCCAGUUGCUCAACAUCAACACCCUUCACCACAGCUCUGGGCCGCUUGCAACCACUGAGGCAUCCACUGAGAAGAAUGUUUUCAAAAACCACCAUGAGACGGACAGCAUCUGGGGUAAAGACGGAUUCUACGUGCUGGUUAUCUGUCUCACAAUAUUCAUCAUCAUCUUCAGCUGUUUAAUGGUGCUUUACCGAAUAAAGGAGAAGGAAUUCUUGGAUCAGCAGCUUAAAGACCCAUCCCCAUCCACCCGGGACGUCCAGCUGGCACCCAUCCCUGUUCAUGGUGCUCAGCCUCCUUUGACCCUCAAGAACAGCAUGGUCCAGGCCAACCAGACGUCCAAACCCAGUGCCACCCAUUUAACCAGCAGUACAAGCACCCCGUCCUGUAACAUCAACAUCAGUCAAACUCUUUCAAGCGUGACGACGUCAGAGCCGCAGUGCCCACCCAGCCACUCUGUGGCUGAACUCAAACCCAGUGUGUCCUCCACACAUUCACCUUUUAGGAUGAAGCCUGGUGGAGGCCUGCAGGAGCGACGAGGAUCUAACGUCUCUCUAGUGCUGGAUAUGAGUGCUUUGGGAUCGGUGGAGCCUAUAAGUUGUGGGGUUGUGACUCCACGAGAGCGUGUGACUCAGGAAUACCUGCAGUCUGCCAGUCGAGUCCUCUCACGGCAACAGCUUCGUGACAUCACAUUGAACACCCAGAGACUGCAUGCAGAAUUUGUCGAAAUUCCCAUGAACUUUGUGGAUCAGAAAGAACUGGAUAUCCCAAAUCAUGGAUCAAAAAAUAGAUACAAGACCAUUUUGCCAAAUCCACAUUCCAGGGUUAUUCUGAAGACUAAGAAAUCAAAUGACCCGCUCAGCAGUUACAUUAACGCCAACUACAUACGAGGCUAUCUUGGAGAUGAGAAGGCCUUCAUUGCCACUCAGGGUCCAAUGAUCAACACGGUGAAUGACUUCUGGCAAAUGGCUUGGCAAGAGGACUGCCCUGUCAUUGUCAUGAUUACUAAAUUGAAAGAGAAAAAUGAAAAAUGUGUUCUGUACUGGCCUGAGAAGAGGGGGAUCUAUGGGAAAGUGGAGGUCUUCGUUAAUAAUGUUAAAGAAUGUGACCACUAUAUAAUCCGCUCCCUUAUACUAAAGAAUGGAGGCCAGAGUCGUAAAGUGCAGCACUACUGGUAUACCUCAUGGCCGGACCAAAAGACCCCAGAGAGCGCUGGACCCCUGCUGCAGUUAGUCAACGAUGUUGAGCAGGACAGGAGGGGCUUUACAUCCUGUGGGCCGAUUAUUGUACACUGCAGUGCUGGAAUUGGUCGGACAGGAUGUUUCAUGGCUACAACAAUUGGUUGUCGUCAGUUGGAGCUGGAGGGAGUUGUGGAUGUGCUGGGAAUUGUGUGCCAACUUAGGACAGACAGGGGUGGUAUGAUCCAGACCGAGGAACAAUAUGAAUUUGUGCACCAUGCCUUGAGUCUCUAUGAAAGCCGCCUUCCUGCAGAGCCUGGACAAUGAAUUUGAACUCCUAGAGGAGCUUCAGUUUUCUCACCGAGAGAUCUGCUAUUGCUAUGAAGUUUCUAAAUCAAGAGAGAAGGCGCCAGAUCGUGUUCGUGAAGAAGGAUUUUUGUGCUUGUCAAGGCAAGGGUUGCACACAUCUGAUGUUGUCUGGAAGCCGGUGUUGUCGGCAAAUGUAUUAGUUGUCAUAACUUUUCAAUAGCCUCUGUCAUGCUUUUCAAGGCUGUCAAAUGGUUUUGCCACUAUAGUGUUAAAGUGUAUCAGUGUCAUUGUACAAGAUAUAGUUCCACUAAAUAAUGCACAAUAUACACCGCAUAAAGACUAUCAGUUUUCCUUCAUUUUUUUCCCUGAUUAUAGGUUUUAAAACCGUGGGCAUUUUAAAAAUUACUUAUUAUACUAAUUAUUGUCUUUAUGCUGCAGAAUAAAUGAGGUAUUAAUAUUCUGUGUAUAAUAGUAUGAUCAUGUUUUAUCAAAAUACUUUUUUUUUUUUUCAUUUUUGUACCAAUUUAUUAACAGUUUAAGAGCAUAUUCUUAUGCUGAUGCAGAACACAAUUUUGAAAUAUUCUGUUUCCUGUUCCUGCUGCAUAAUUUACAUCUGCAAGUUUAAAGUCUGAAUUGAUUUUUAUGAGAGAGAAAGACUAUGACUCAACAUUUAUAUUGCAUUGUCAUCACUGUAAUGCACAACAACAAACCAACAGCAAAACAGCAAAUGGCUCUUAUGAGUGGGUUCUUUUAAAUAACAAACAAAUAUGGAAUUCAGGAUUUUUCGGUUUACAGACAAUCUAUCAAUCAGUCUAGAGUCUCACUAAAUCUGUCACCGAUCCUUGCGGAACCAAAAUUAUUAAGUGGAUUCAAAUGUAAUCUUAUUAUUAGGGAAAAUAAUCAUAAUAAAAUUAAUAAAUAUAUAAAGAAAUAACAACAACAAAAGAAAAUACAUUUGAGGAAAUUAUAUAAUAUAGCUAAAUUUUAGGAGAUUGUAUUUGUAUCUAGUGGUAAUAUUAUUCUAGUGACUUAUUAAAUAUUAGUGUUCGAAUAUUUUCCCCCAAAUGCAUACAUUUGUUGUGUAAUGUAUUCCGGGACCACAUGCGUUUUGCUGCUAAAUACUGCAAUUGUUAAUGGCUUUAGGAAUUAAUUAUGUUGUAUGAGAGUGAAUAUUUUUUAAAACAUUUAUUUUCUAUUGUAUUUAUUAUUAUACAAAUUAUUGUUAUUAUAACCUGAUACUUUUAUAAACUAUGGUUAUUGUCAUUGUGCACUGUUACGCAAUAUAUUUUCCACUAUGUGGGCUUAAUGUUAGGCAGUCAGUGACUUUUUCCUAUUUAUCCUUUAUGAAGAUGAAUGUGAAUACUCUCAAUAAUAAACAAUCCAUCAUAACCACAAUUACAGUAUUAUAAUCUGCACAUAUGGAUGCCUCAGACAGUAAGGGUUGCAGUAUAUGCAACCCAAACUGAUGAUCUGAGCUGUUUUAUAUGAAUCUUUGGUGGUGGUAGAAUUAAUUAGUCUCGUAUAAUGGGAUGUAUAUUAUAAAUGCAUAACUUGGUCCCGAUAAUCCUUUAGAAGUUAUUCGUCAGUGCUAUACUACUAUACUUUCCACUUAUAGUGUGUUUGGUCCUAUAACAAUAUUAAACCCUCACCUAAAGCCAUAAUAUCUCAUGUUUACAUUUUUGGCACUGCAAGUUUUGAUUUAUAUAUGUUAAAAUAUGCUUAUUCUGUUAAGUGUUUUUGUAAAUAAAUAAGUGAAACUGCCGAGUCAGAAAGCAUAGAGAAACUAUGAUAAUGAUAUGACUACUGCCAAUAAAUUAACCCUGUUAUCAUGUCUGGAUCAGGGUUUGUUCCUUA